AUGACCUCCCUUCGUAACCUGGACCAUCUGAAAGCAUGGCAGUUCAGGUACUGGGCGUUGUUGACUGGCAUGACACCAUCUGGACGGAAGGCUGAGCUACAACACGCCUUGACCAGAGGCCUCGAAGCCGCAUCCCUCAAGAAGAUCAAUACUAGUUCUACUACUGGCCGGCGUGUCGUGAGUGUAGACAUGGGGAUUCGCAAUCUCGCAUAUUGCGUUGUCGACGUACAGCCACGUUCCAGGACAAGUCACACUCCACGGCCUGUGAAAGUCACCCAUUGGUUGCGAAGAGAUCUGCUCAAUCCUGCUGCGUCCAUUGUCGCUCCCUUCACGGACAACGAGGCUCGGCAUGAGGAUGAGGAAGCCGCUCAGAAGAAGGGCAAGCCUCCAGCCGAUUCAGAAGCAUUCACGCCGCCUCAGCUGUCCAAGACCGCGUACAAUGUGGUUACUGGCCUGCUGUCUCACAAGCCAGAUGAGAUUCUGAUCGAACGCCAGCGCUUCCGCUCAGGUAGUGCAAGCGCUAUUCUGGAGUGGACCAUUCGCGUCAACAUGCUUGAAAGUAUGCUUUGGGCAUCACUCGAGACUCUCCGCGCUUCGAGCUCCUCUGAUACCUUUUUCCCCGAGGUACUCGCUAUCCCCCCGAGAAGGGUUGCCGAAUUCUGGCUUUCAGACCAAACAUUGCCCCUAUCACCUCCUGUUGAUAUCUUCGAUCAGGGCCAGAAGCUUGCAGACGUGACAGCACCAUCAUCGAAAGCCCGUAAAGCGCGCGCCAAAAUCGAGAAGAAGGACAAAGUGGCUCUUGUGAAAAAGUGGGCAACCGAGCCUGUCAGCGGCUCAGGUGUGAACCUAGUAUUUGAAGGCCAAGCUGCUGGAAUCGCAGAAGCUUUCAAAUUGGAGACUUCUAGAGGCGCAAAGCAGAUUGCCGGUGGCAAACUGGAUGAUCUGGCGGAUUGUCUCUUGCAGGCUGUCGCGCACUUGAGGUGGGAGGAGAAUAAGAUUGCGAUUGGGGAAAUUCUGCGAAAGACUGGAACUUGA